AUGAGUACCGGCAAGAGCGGACGGAGAAGAAGAUCUAGCAGUAUCAUCUAUCAAGAACCGCCUGAGUCUUUGGAACAGAUCAGUGACCAGUCGGCCCUGCCCAACCUCAACUCGCAAUGGGUGAACGCGAAAGGAGCGUGGACAAUACACCCUGUUCUGAUCAUUGGCCUGAAGAUAUUAUUCGAUAUAAUUCCAGGCAUGACCCAAGAGAUAUCCUGGACACUCACCAACAUAACCUACAUGGCCGGCUCAUACCUGAUGUUCCACUGGGUUCGCGGCGUGCCUUUCGAAUUCAACGCCGGGGCAUAUGACAACCUGAACAUGUGGGAGCAGAUCGACAAUGGCGAUCAGUACACGCCGGCGAAGAAAUUCCUGCUAACGGUUCCCAUUGUCCUCUUUCUCCUCAGCACCCAUUACACUCACUACGACUUUACGUACUUCACCAUCAACUUCAUGGCUCUUAUGGCUGUUGUGAUACCCAAACUUCCUCAAUUCCACCGCGUCAGAAUCGGUCUUUUCUCAGACCCCCCGGACGAAUGA